GAGGCCCCCCAAUAGAAAGGGGGUGUCAGGAUUGUCCUUUCAUCUGUGGGGCAGGAGAGUUUGUGUGGGGGCUGUGGGGAGCCCCACCUGCACCCCUGCCCCAUGGAAAGCAUUGCGGAGGGUGUCAGGGCCUUGUAAGGCUCCUCCUGUAGCCGGGCUGCCUCUGGGGCAGCCCUGGAGCCAGGGCUGAAACAUGCUCAUCUCCACAGAUGUUGAAGAAGCCUUCUCCUUUUCCGAAGCCCUUAGCGGUGUCUCCUUGGGCAGCAGCUCCCCUGUCCCAAACAGGUGCCCCUACCGAAACAGGUGCCCCCCUCCUUAUCCUCCCCUACGUGGGGUGUCACUCCUGGUCCACCUCUUCCUGAUACCCUGCUGUUUUUGACAGUCCCUCCACUGUUUGGGCCUGUGGGGCAUCCCUGUGUGCACCUCCCCUGCUUGGUUUCCUCCGGGUGUGGUGUCCUGUUUCCUGUUGAGGCAUCUGUGUUCACCUGCGGGUGGGAGAGGGGAAUGAGUAAAAUGUCUUGCUCAAGCAGAGCAAGAGGAAGGGGCUGGUGGCGAUGAAGGAGAUGCUUCCUACAUGGCCUUGAGAGCAAGGUUCCUGUAUGGAGGCAGUGUCCAGGGAGGGUGGGGAGAGGGCACCCACCUCUCUGAGGAGGUUUUCACAAGUUACGUUUUAGUUCGAUACUCCUCAGUCUUUCUACUAUAUUCGUGCUCCUGUUUGCCUUAUCUGAACCCUGCUGCCCCCUCCUGAUGUGCACUCUGAAAUGCUUAGCUGGCUUUAAAUCCUGCUAGGCCAGUUAAUUCUCUUUCUAAUGUGCUUUCACUCUUAGUCUUUGCUGCUGCUCCAGCUCCCUCAGGUUUGUGGGACAGUCCAGAUCUGUGUCAAGCAAAGGGCGAGCAGUAAGCAUAGCAUGUUCUUCUUUUCUUCAUGGGGGAAGAAAAUGCAGUGCCAUCCAUGGGUGUUUUCUUCUCCCUGUUGGUGACCACCUUUGUCAGGAGGUCCCAGCUGUGCUUCCAGCUGGUGGUCUCUAUGACAGCAUCUCUCUUCCACGGCUGAUGACUUUGGGCUUCAGCUUGGAAAGCCCAGACUAGAUGAACCGGUUUGGGAGGCAGUCAGUCGUGCCUAGACAAUGAGCUUCAGCGUCAAGUAUUUGGCAGAGUUCUUCCCUCCUCCUAACAGGCUAAUUUGCAAGUAUCCGUCUGUCGCCUGGUGUCAGGCAGGCUGGUUGCCACCUUUAAAUAUCCUGUGUACCUGUCCUUCCCAGGGGCAGUUACUUACAGGGAUCUUGGAGACCUCAUUCCUAAUGGACAACGCAACUGCAAAGGGUGGAAGUCGGACGUGCUGUGUCCAUGGUCACUAGAUGUGAUGCUCCCUUUCCAAUUUUUGGUCUGGACUUUGAGAGAUCUUCCCAUGCAGAUUCUUGACUCUUUCCAUUCUUUGCCCUGACAAGCUCACAGAGGAGGGCUUUGUAAAGAUUUGGAGACAGUGUUAGGUUCCUUUUCUGUGAUAUUUUGUGAAUUUGGUUGCUUAGUUUUAUUAGCUUUUACUUGGUGCUUUUUCUUUGGAGACGUAGUGUUGUGGCACUACUAGUAAAUGCUGUUUCAUGUUGCCAGUAAUGUCUUGUGUUCUCACAGUGGGAAUUCUCACUCCAGUAAGUUUUUAGGAGUGCUUUGUCAGGUUGGUUUAGCAUGUUAUCCUGUGGGGUGCAUUCUGAUUAUUUCCUGCUUUUCAGAGAAAUGGGCGGCAAGACACCAGGGAGUUUUAUUUAAUUGCUGUUUUAAAAGGGGAGAUGCAGGCUCCACUGGGAAUAAAAUAUGUUCUGUCUCUGGAAUGGCACCGAGGUUUCAUGGAUAUGCUUUCUGCUGCAGUGUCACUAACCCAAACACUGUUAUGAUCUGCUCAUGAGAAGUGUAAAGCAGAUAGCACAGCGGAGACUGGGAGGCUGUUGUACGGGGUGCUGAAGGUACAGGUAAUGAGAAAUGCCUUGUCCCAAAGAGCAUGAACUAAAAUAGAAGAGUGCAAUGGACUGACUUGUCCAGCCAGUUCAGUGGCACAGAUCUGAGGACAUGGUUUAGGACUCAACUCCUGACCCAGUGGUGUGUGUGCUGAAAUGUAGUGCCUGCAUUGAGCUUUCCGUCCAUGCAACAGUCGGAUGAAGACAGCUAGAGACAAAGUUCAUCUGGGGAUGCUCCAUUCAUCUAGCAGAGCUGAGCUGCUAGAUGGGAGGUGGGGGGGGGGAACAGAAACGAGUGAGUAAAUAAAUGUUUACUGAGCAUCACUUGGGUAUCACUCCCCUGCCUCGGUUUUCUCGGUUGUAAAAGCAGGGAUGUGUUAAUGCACCUUUGUGUGGAGCUUCAGGAUCUGCUGAGAGUCAGUUACAGGGACGCGAGCUGAAGGAGCGGGAUCAGGCAUCAAGGGUGCCACAGGCGCUACAGCACCAACUUGCCAUCUGGCAUUUGUGCAGGUGCUUGCAUAUUUUAAAGUCACCUGUUGCAUGUCUCUGAGUGCUUGCACUUGUUCCUACCCAGCUUAUACCCUCUGCAUGGAUGGGUAGGGGAGAGAAUUGUUCAGCAAAAUCAAAGAUGGAAAAAGCACGGAGAGAACCUGCUCCAUGCAGCAGUUGGAGCUCAGUGAUGCCGGAUGGUGGGGUUCAGCCCUGCCUCUCUUUAGGUUGCUGGAGACGUGGCUGUCACCUUCAGCUGUUUAUAUGGAAGCAAAGCUGACGGGCUGUGCUGCUAGACCAGCUUGGGAUGCUGCGUUUGUGUGAGGUUAGGUUUAAAUCCUUUAAUAAGAUCCGCUUGGGAGGUGGGACCCUCUGCUAUUGUAUCAGCCGUUAGUCCAUCGCAAAAGCAUUGGCCAAUUGCUUCAGAGCACCAGGAAGGGGUUUCUUCAUCCAGAGCUGCUGCCACAUCCCCUCCUCUCUCUAUAACGUGUGCCAUUCACGUGGCUUGUGAGCUUGAGGCCAGCAGACCUAAGCAUAGUUGCCCUCCCUUUGCGUGUGCUUCGGAGCAUUUGCCUGUCUGGCACGUGUGGGUUUUCCCCACACGUGUGGGUUUCCCCGGUGAUGUUGAUCCCUGUGCAAAGAGGAGCAGCAUUGUGACUGCUGUCACAGGAUGGUGUGAGCUGGGUGUUCAGGAGGCUCCGCCAGCUCUUCUUCCGAACGGAGCUGCUGUGAGUCACUUGGAAGCAGCACUGAUCUGGAGGGGUUGGGUGUGGGUUUUUUUUGUUUUUUUUUUUUUAAAUAUUAACUCCUGAUAAACUGCUUGUUAUGGCCACCCACAGGGGCGCCUCUGUUUAAUAGCUGUCCUGACUCCUCGAUGCUAAUUAGUCGGCAAACUCUUUCCUGGCCCGGAUCGCUGGUGGGUAAACACAGUGAGCCUUUUGAGCGCUUGCAGCCACGAAGGGCUGCCACUGUAGCGGUGAGCCCACCCCGGCUAGGUUUCACCAUCGGGAUCUUUCUGUGUUGUGGUUGUUUCCAGCCUCUGCCCCGCAUCUCUGCAUCCCUCCUCUGCCAGCUGGGCCUGCUGCUGUUGCCUCCCCAGCAUCAACUUGUUCUCAACGUGCUUCCCAGCUGCACCAAACUGCAGUCCCCCUCCUACACUGCUGGGCUCUGCUUGUUUUACUGCCGGGCUCCAUCCGUGGCUCCUGGAAACCAGGCCAACUCCCUGCACCCAAGAGGAGCUGUCCCUUGUGUGCCAGCUCUGAAUGGGCCCUUGUCUCUGCAGUUGGACACAGGGCUCUGCUGUGUACCAGGAGAUGGGGAAGACUUGUUUUCCAGAGAUCUAAGCAUACCUUUUAGAGUGGGGAGGUUGUGAAUAGUUACCCAAAUGGAGCUAAUGACUCAAGAUCCCCAUCUUGUUUCUAAAGCCCGUAGAACUGGUGAUGAGCACUCAUCUAAUAACUCCUCUUCAAAGUGGUGUUCCUUAUGGAGCGCUUGGAGCCCUGAGGCUCCCUGUGCCCUGGAGCACUAGCCCUGCUCCUCGGAGAGGGACACCAGGGUGCCGAGACAUAGUGACUCACUUCAGGCCACGUAGGAAGGAGUUGAUAAAGCUGGCGUUGGGACCGGAGUUGGACUGUGUACCAUACCGGAGGCCGCCUCACUGUAGCAUUGGCUAUGAGCCUGAGAACCAGCAUGGGGUUCAAACCCUCACAUGUCUUGCUGAAGAGUCGCAGUAGUGCUGGCUGGAGUCCUUCCCUGUCCCUGAGGGCUCAGAAGUGUAAAUCCCCAAACCUGGGAAGCCCUCUGAUGGAAAAGAGAACGGACUUCAGUUUAUAAGGCAGGGGGAAUUGAGACACGUGGUUACUCGGAGUGAAUCGUCAGUGCAGCAAAGAACAGAUUUCUGCUCCUUGCUCAGCCAGGCUGGAGAGAGCCAAGUGGUUCAAACAGGGUCGGUCUCUUCUGCCGCAAAGAACUGCAGAUUCACUUCAGCUGAAUGUGACACUUCUGAUCUAAGGCUUUGAAGUCAGAAGCUUAUUGAAGCUGCUUUUGGCUGGCGUUUGGCUCCUGACAGCAAGCAAGAAGUAUGACCCCAGCCUAGGCUGAGGAGACUGUUCAUGGUUCCUCUGUGGCUUUUGGCACUCUUCUUUCUUUUUUUUUUUCCCCCUCCUUCCUGCAGCAUUCAGCCUGUCUAUGGAGCACAGCAUCCCCCAUUGGACCCCCGGCUCACCAAAAAUUUAAUCAAAGACCGCUCCAAGGCCAACGCGUUGCCUAUGAAAAGCAAGAAGGCCUCCAGCUUUCACGAGUUUGCCCGCAACACCAGUGAUGCCUGGGACAUUGGUGAUGAUGAGGAUGAGGACUUCUCUUCUUCCUCUUCCUCUUUCCAAACUCUGAACUCUAAAGUGGCCAAGGCCACGGCAGCCCAGGUGCUGGAAAACCACAGUAAGCUGCGGGUGAAACCUGAGCGGGCCCAGUCCGCUCUUGGCGACAUGCCCACCAACUGCAAGGUCAUCAAGUCCAGCAGUGAGGCCCAGCUCUCCAGGACGUCUGAGGAUGCCUGUAUGCAGACCUCCCUUCAGAAGCAGCAGUCCCUCCCCCUUCGGCCUGUCAUUCCGCUCGUUGCCCGGAUCUCUGACCAAAAUGCUUCGGGUGCUCCCCCCAUGACAGUGAGGGAGAAAACCCGCCUAGAGAAGUUUCGGCAGCUUCUUUCCAGCCACAACACGGACCUGGAUGAGCUGAGGAAAUGCAGCUGGCCUGGUGUGCCCAGAGAGGUCCGGCCCGUGACGUGGCGUCUCCUGUCAGGUUAUCUCCCCGCAAACAUGGAGCGGCGGAAGCUGACUUUGCAGCGCAAGCGGGAGGAAUACUUUGGUUUCAUCCAGCAGUAUUAUGAUUCCCGGAACGAGGAGCACCAUCAGGAUACCUACCGGCAGAUCCACAUCGACAUUCCAAGGACCAACCCGCUCAUUCCCCUUUUCCAGCAGCCACUUGUCCAAGAGAUCUUUGAAAGAAUCCUGUUUAUCUGGGCCAUUCGACACCCAGCCAGCGGUUAUGUACAGGGAAUCAAUGACCUGGUCACUCCGUUCUUUGUUGUGUUCCUCUCGGAAUACGUUGAAGAGGAUGUGGAGAACUUUGAUGUGACAAACCUGUCACAGGAUGUUUUACGGAGCAUCGAAGCUGAUAGUUUCUGGUGCAUGAGCAAGCUGCUGGAUGGGAUACAGGAUAACUACACCUUUGCACAGCCGGGAAUCCAGAAGAAAGUAAAAGCCUUGGAGGAGCUAGUCAGCCGGAUCGAUGAGCAGGUACAUAAUCACUUUAGGAAGUACGAGGUCGAAUACUUGCAGUUUGCCUUUCGCUGGAUGAACAAUCUGCUCAUGAGGGAACUGCCUCUUCGCUGCACCAUCCGCCUCUGGGACACCUACCAGUCGGAGCCAGAAGGAUUCUCUCAUUUCCACCUGUACGUCUGCGCCGCCUUCUUGAUCAAGUGGCGGAAGGAGAUCCUGGAUGAGGAAGACUUUCAAGGCCUUCUAAUGUUGUUACAAAAUCUACCGACGAUACACUGGGGCAACGAAGAGAUCGGACUCCUGCUCGCCGAAGCCUACAGACUCAAGUACAUGUUUGCAGAUGCCCCCAAUCAUUACCGCCGAUAGGUGCCGGGACUUGCCUUCCUCCUCUCCCGCUCUGCCCUGCGCCCGCCCCCUCGUCCUGGCCCGAUCUAAUCACUGUGGCAUUUUGUUGUCCAAGUCCUCGGACACUCCGGCCAGGAGCUGCUCCUCGCUGUACAAAGCUCAGAUCGACUGUUGUCUUAACUCUUACGUGUGCCUGUCUACCACUCCAUGCGCCUGGAUGUGCCACUCCAACGACCGUCAGUAUUUCAUCCCGUGCCAGUGGCCUGAGCCAGGGAGAGAGGUGUCAAGGGGCUGGGAGGACAUGGGGGCAGCUUUACAGAUGAACUGAGCCGGGGAUGAAACCCUCCUGUCCUCUCCCUCCCCCUGGCCUGGGCUUGUCCAGGUGUGACUGCCUUGGCUUUGCUGCCUCGUGUGACCCCACUGCCACGCGCGCCUGCACUCGUGCUCACGGAUACGCGCCGGUGUGCGCUGCCCCACCUGCUCCACUCGCUCUGCAGAGGCCGUUCGAUCCAAGUCCCCGUUGAAAAUGCCUUAUCAGAGACCCGCCUGGCCGGAAACCUUCCCUCAAGGGCAGCAGGGCAAGAAGUUUCUCUCAGGGCCAAGCUUUGCUCCGAGUGUCUGAAGACCCCAAGCGCUUUGCGGGUCCGUGAGAGCCGCUCACGCCUGCCCUCUCCUCUCUGCCUCCCCCCGUGUGUUUGGCACGGUUUUGGGGGGGGAAGGGGGGAACCAAGCUAUCCAUCCGUGGUUUGAAUGACACACGUCAACUUGACAGGAC